CUAACAGUGAAAACCUUCUCAGCACAAAAGCACGAACCUCCGUCAUUUCACUCGCAGAAGCAAGCACCCGUUUCCAACAAUGGCAUCCUUAAUCUCAGAAACAACCCAAAAAAUCUUCACCCCCGAGUCCCUCCGUGCUGCAGCCAAACAAUCCGAACGCUGCCUCGACGUUCCCGUUCGCCUUCGCCGAGCCAUCAAGAAAUACCUCCGAGAGCAAGAGGACCCUUAUAUGCGGAGAAAAGUGUUGCGGUUAUCGGAGUCUUUUAGUGAGAUUAAAGAUGUGAAUCUGCAUCUGACGGCUGAGACUUCGAAGGAGCUCGUUGAGGACCCUCUUAAGUCAGUGGAGCAGUCAAAGAGAUGGAAAAUCAAGAGUGCUUAUGGCGAUAUCGGUCUCACUUAUAGAGAUGAUGAGACCGUUGCUUAUGUUGCUUCCAGGAUGCCCGCAGUUUACUCUGCUUGUUAUAGGGUCCUUGGUGAGGUGAGGAGAAGGCUACCAGGUUUCUCUCCAACAAAAGUUUUGGAUUUUGGUGCUGGCACCGGUUCGGCAUUCUGGGCAAUAAGAGAAGUCUGGCCUAAAACUGUGGAGAAAAUAAACAUAGUGGAACCAUCUCAAUCCAUGCAGCGUGCGGGUCGAAGUCUUAUACAAGGCCUGAAGAACUUGCCCCUUAUUCAUAGCUAUGCUAGCCUUCAAACACUAACAAAAGAUAUCAGCAAGUCUGAGAGGGAACACGACCUUGUAAUUGCUUCUUAUGUGCUUGGAGAGGUACCAUCCCUGAAGGACCGAAUUACAAUAGUGCGCCAACUUUGGAAUCUGACACGGGAUGUCCUGGUCUUAGUUGAACCAGGAACACCACAUGGAUCUAAUAUUAUAUCUCAGAUGCGAUCUCACAUAUUGUGGAUGGAAAAAAGAAAAUGCCGUAAAGCCAAGGCAAACAAGGAAGGUUCUAAGGACCUUAUCGAUCUUAGAACUGGUGCAUUCAUUAUUGCUCCGUGCCCUCAUGAUGGGUGUUGUCCAUUGGAGAAAUCUGGAAAGUACUGUCAUUUUGUUCAGCGUUUGCAGAGGACAUCUUCACAACGUGCAUACAAGCGUUCCAAGGGUGAUCCUUUACGUGGCUUUGAAGAUGAAAAGUUUUGUUUUGUUGCUUUCAGAAGAGGACAACGACCUCGAAGAGAAUCUUGGCCUCUUGAUGGUAUAAAAUUUGAGACUUUGAAAGAGCAGCGUGCUAAGAGGAAUCCGGAAGAUCUUGAAAUUGACUAUGAGGAUCUAGUUAAUAUAAAAGAAACUGCUGAUGUCAUUCCAUAUGAAGAAGUGCAUUCAAGUGCCUAUGACUCCGAUGUUAUGGAAACUGAUCUUGUCAGUGAUAAUGAUGAAGACCAUCAAGUAGAAGAACAAGAUAAUGAUGAAGAAGAUCAAGAAGAAGAAACAGCUCUUGCUGAUCUUGGGGGCGGUUGGGGACGGAUAAUCUUCCCUCCUGUUCGGAGAGGCAGGCAGGUUCACAUGAAUAUUUGUCGACCAACCAAUGGAGAUGCCUCAGAGGGUUCAUUUGACCACGAGGUUAUCACACAAAGUAAGAAUCCUACUUUGCAUCAUCAGGCCCGAAGGUCAUUCUGGGGUGACUUGUGGCCCUUGGGAAGGAAUGUAACGGGUAGUGUCUCAUGAUCACGAAUGUGAAGGCAGAUGAUAUAUAUACAAAGGAGGGCAAAGUGCCCAGUCAAAUGAUAUAUUAAUAUAAAGUUUGAGGUGCCCAAGAUGGGUGGUUCACUA